UUGUGCAAGGCGGCGACGCGGCGGGGCGGCGCGGCCACGUAGUGGAGUGGACCCCGACCAGCCGACCACCCAAAACAACGAGGGGACUAGGUUAUGUUUCAACUUUCUCUCCGACGGAGCAGAAGGGAAGCCGCAGCAGACGCUUGCCAGCCUCCGCGCGCGGCACAUCAAGCUCGACAACAAGGCCGACAGUCUCCCCAGCCGAAGCAUGGCGCAGUGGCCGAAGGACGUGGGCAUUCUUGCCAUUGAAGCAAUAUUCCCGGCGCAGUACGUCGAUCAAGAGGACUUGGAGAAAUUUGACAAUGUUUCGGCGGGCAAGUACACCAAGGGCUUGGGCCAAGCCAAGAUGGGCUUCUGCACGGACAGGGAAGACAUCAACUCCCUCUGCCUGACUGUCACAAGCAAUUUGCUGCGUCGCUACAACAUUGACAAGUCUACCAUUGGGCGUUUGGAGGUGGGAACGGAAACAAUUUUGGACAAGUCGAAGAGUGUCAAGACAGUUUUGAUGCAGCUCUUUGAAGAAGAAGGACACACCGACUUGGAGGGCAUUGACUCGAAGAAUGCUUGCUACGGUGGGACAGCUGCCCUGUUCAACUCAUUGAACUGGGUUGAGUCGAGUGCUUGGGAUGGUCGAAAUGCCUUGGUUGUUUGCGGAGACAUUGCUGUAUAUCCAAGGGGAAGUGCGCGUCCCACUGGUGGUGCUGGAGCAAUUGCCAUGUUGGUUGGUCCUAACGCUCCUCUAGUUGUCGACAGAGGAGUUCGUUCCAGUCACAUGCAACAUGUGUACGACUUUUACAAGCCAAAUCCUUUGUCUGAGUACCCGACAGUUGAUGGCCACCUUUCUGUUAAAUGCUACUUGUCAGCUCUAGAUAAAUGCUUCCAAAGAUAUUGUACGAAAGCUGAAAAGAAUCUCGGGAUUAAACAAAUGAGCCUUGACCACUUAGAUGCCAUUUUGUUCCAUUCUCCAUACUGCAAACUUGUAAGGAAGUCUCUUGCACGGUUGGUUUUAAAUGAUUUUGUACGACUGCCUCUGGACACUAAACUCAGCAAAUAUCCACCACUUGCUAAAUUUGCCGGAGUAAAAUUAGAAGAGACCUACACUGACCGUGAUGUAGAAAAGGCAUCCAUUGACAGUAGUGAAGAAAUUUUUGCAAAGAAAACUGCUAAAUCCCUGAGAAUAUCAAAUCAAAAUGGCAACAUGUACACACCAUCCUUAUAUGGUGGUCUCAUAUCGCAUCUAACUAGUCAUUCAGCAUCAGAACUGGCUGGAACACGAUUAGCAUUAUUUUCCUAUGGCUCCGGACUGUCCUCGUCUAUGUUCUCCAUCAAAGUGGCCGCAGAUGGCAAGCCAGGCUCACCGCUCCACAAGCUUGUCAGUCAGUUGGCAUUCAUCAAUCCAAUGCUGGAAAGGAGAACCCGAGUGCCACCAGAAGAUUACACUAAGGUGCUGUCCGACCGGGAGAGCGACCACAAGCUGGCGCCGUACACGCCGUCCGCGCCCAUCGACGCCCUGCUCCCCGGCACCUACUACCUCACGCACGUGGACGAGAUGCACCGGCGCACCUACGCCGUCGUGCCCUCGUAGAGCUCGUACCGCGCCUCGCCGCGCCUAGCGCACUCAGCGCACCCCUCCACUAAACCAAUUAUUUAUUUUGAAAUCGUUUUUGUUGUCUUUGACGAGCUGCCGCGCGCGAGUCCCGCCGGAAGUGAACGUGUUACAUGAAUCUUUUAUUUUCAUCGUUUUCUAUCUUUAUUGUUAUCAUUUUUGUUAUGUUCCUCCAACACUUGCGAGAUCGAACAAAGCUGUUGUUGCGCGGUCUGCUUGGCCUGCUUGGCCGGCCAUGUCAGUGUCAGUCCCCCCGCGGGACGGGAGACGGGAACCAAGGCUCAAGCCCGUAUGGGCGUCCGUAGUGUAGUUGUUGUUGUGCUCGUCGGUGUGGGUGGGUGCGGGAGAUCAUACCGAGUGUAUGUUAUGUCAUGUUUUCCAUGCAUUAAAGUUUACGUUAUGUUUCAACCUUGU